CUCUCUCGCUUCCGCCCGCGAUCUUCUAGAUUGACUGCGGAAUUGCACACACCACCACACCCAGGGUGGCGUUGACUCAUAAUUCCUUAUUCCUCAUUCCUCCAUUUCUCACCCACUUCCCCUCUCCAGUUGACCAGUCUCUAUACUCACACCUCCGCCAAAAACCAUGGCGACGAAAAUGAUGCCCAUGAGGCCUGGCUCCAGUGCCAUUCGCUCCAUCUCCAAACGAAGACCCUCGUGCUCACAACCUUUCUCCUCCACCGCUUCGGCGGCAGCUCUUUCGCCUUACCGAAAAUCCCAAAAGUCUACUACGGAGCAGACGAGAAGACCUGCUACCACUGCUGCAGCCCAAUCACAAUCAGCUCGACCACUCCCUAGUCCUGCCUUUAACAAUGACUUCCGACGAAACGAACCCUCGCCUUUGGUCAAUCGACAACAACCGGAGCUCGAUGACUCUUUCGUUGGCCUCAGCGGCGGGCAGAUCUUCCACGAGAUGAUGCUCCGGUUAGGCGUCAAGCACAUUUUUGGCUACCCUGGUGGUGCUAUUCUCCCAGUCUUCGAUGCCAUCUACAAUUCGAAACAUUUCGAUUUCAUCCUCCCUAAACAUGAACAAGGUGCAGGACAUAUGGCAGAGGGUUACGCAAGAGCUUCUGGGAAACCCGGUGUCGUUCUUGUGACUUCUGGUCCUGGUGCGACCAAUGUCAUUACACCUAUGCAAGAUGCCUUGUCGGAUGGCACACCCAUGGUCGUGUUUUGCGGCCAGGUACCCACAACCAAAAUUGGCACGGAUGCUUUCCAGGAAGCUGACGUUGUCGGCAUCUCAAGAGCUUGCACAAAGUGGAAUGUCAUGGUCAAGAAUGUGGCCGAGCUGCCAAAGAGGAUAAAGGAAGCUUUUGAGAUCGCCACUUCAGGACGGCCUGGUCCUGUCCUUGUUGAUCUGCCCAGCGACGUGACUGGUGGCAUCCUGAGGAGACCCAUUCCGAUGCAGUCCACCCUUCCAGCACAUCCUUCGGCCGCAACCUUGGCUGCCAGAGAAUUAUCCAAAAGACGUUUGGACGGCACCAUCUCCCGCGUGGCCGAUCUUGUUAAUGUGUCGAAGAAGCCUGUCAUCUACGCAGGUGCGGGUAUUCUGGGCAGUCCCGAGGGUCCGAAGCUCCUGAAGGAGUUGUCCGAUAAAGCUGCGAUACCAGUCACGACGACUUUGCAAGGUCUUGGUGGUUACGAUGAACUCGAUCCCAAGUCCUUACAUAUGCUUGGCAUGCACGGCUCUGCGUACGCCAACAUGGCUAUGCAGGAGGCCGACCUGGUAAUUGCAUUGGGUGCUCGAUUCGACGACCGUGUAACGGGCCUUAUUGCUAAGUUCGCGCCUCAGGCCAAGGCCGCCGCAGCUGAAAACCGUGGUGGUAUUGUGCACUUUGAAAUUAUGCCGAAGAACAUCAACAAAGUUGUACAGGCUACCGAAGCCGUAGAGGGAGAUGUGACGGCCAAUCUAGCGGAGCUCAUCCCCAAGGUCAAGGCUGUUAAUGACCGACCUGAAUGGUUCGCGCAGAUCAGUGACUGGAAGAAGAGGUUCCCAAUGAACUCCUUUGAGCGGGGAACACCUGAUGGGUUGAUCAAGCCCCAGGAAUUGAUCGAAAAGCUUUCAGAUCUGACAGCCAACAUGAAGGAGCAAACCAUCAUUGCAACUGGUGUUGGCCAACAUCAAAUGUGGGCUGCUCAGCACUUCCGAUGGCGACAUCCUCGAACUAUGGUCACCUCUGGCGGCUUGGGCACGAUGGGAUUCGGCCUUCCCGCUGCCAUUGGUGCCAAAGUCGCUAGACCAGACUGCCUUGUCGUGGAUAUUGAUGGAGACGCGUCGUUUAACAUGACCUUGACCGAGUUGAGCACAGCCAAUCAGUUCAAUAUUGGUGUGAAGGUCAUCGUUCUGAACAACGAGGAACAGGGCAUGGUCACGCAGUGGCAGAGUCUGUUCUACGAGGAUCGAUUCGCCCAUACUCACCAAAAGAACCCUGAUUUUGUCAAACUUGCGGAGGCCAUGGGCGUACAGGCACGAAGAUGCAUCAAGCCUGCCGAUGUCGAAGAGAGUUUACAGUGGUUGAUUAGUGGUAGUGGCGAUGGGCCGGCUCUUCUGGAAGUCGUUACCGACAAGAAGGUGCCUGUCUUGCCCAUGGUGCCCGGUGGUAAGGCUUUGCACGAGUUCUUGGUGUACGAUGAAGCCAAAGAGAAGCAGCGACGAGCUGUCAUGAAGCAAAGGACCGGCCAUUGACCAUGACAAACACCAUGCUUUCUUUUCUAAUACCCCGAAUUAGGAGGACGAUUUGUAUAGGCGACGUACGCAUUCACGAUAAUUCAAAAGCUUCGGCAAGGAAUUUGAGCUUAGUCUAGCUAGGCCUUUGCCGUGAUCCGGUUUUGGAAAGCAAAAGUGUGCAAAAGUUUCAGGCGGUGUGCAUGAGAAGUUGUUAUAUGCGGGAGUUUCUGCACUUCCUUCAUUUCAGGUCGGUCGAGAUUAUAGCUGGUCAAUCAAGCUGAAUCAAAGCAUUUUACUCUCGAACCAAGACA